AUGGCUUAUCUCUCGCCAUCAGCCUUAAGAAACCUCAAGAAAUAUGCCUACAAGAGUGUAGAUGAGUCCCUGGUAUCGCGAUACAUCCUUGCACCGUACUGGAAUUGGUUUAUCACCCUUUGGCCGCUCUCUAUUGCACCUAAUACUAUCACCCUACUUGGCCUUGCUAUUGUCGCGUUUAACGUCCUCACGCUGCUGAUUUACGAUCCUUUGUAUUAUACUGAUAAUGACGGUCACGGUGGGCCUCCCCAAUGGGUUUAUUUCACGUGGGCUAUCGGGCUGUUUAUGUACCAAAGUUUUGACGCUGUUGAUGGGCAAGGUCUUUCACCUUUGCUAGUUCGCGCCGCUGACCUAUGGAGUAGAAAACAAGCACGGCGUACUGGCAUGGCUGGGCCCCUUGGUGAAAUGUUCGAUCACGGCUGUGACGCGAUUAAUACGACGCUUGAGGUCAUCUUGGCUGCCCGAGCUUUGAACUUGGGACGAUCCUGGUGGACUGUUGCAUCACAAGUUGCUACACUCGCAAACUUCUAUUUAACGACGUGGGAGGAAUACUACACAGGGCAAUUAUAUCUCGGCCCAUUCUCAGGUCCCGUGGAAGGCAUCCUCAUGAUCGUAGCCAUCUACACGAUCUCUGGCUUAUUCGGACCCUCGUUCUGGGACAAACGCAUCCUCUCUUUUACCCACUUAGAUAUGAUACCUUGGGUAACGAAACAUGUGCCGAAUAUCCGCUUGAAUGAGGCCUUCAUGGUAUUCGCGGGAUUUGGUCUUGCGUUUAACAUAGUAUCCAGCUACAGAAACGUCCGCAAGGCCAUGAAAGCAUCAGGGAAAUCAAGAAUCCGACCAUUACUCACCCUUUUUCCCUUCGUGGUAUCAGUGACCUUGCAAGCGUUAUGGUUACUCAACCCAUCAUUUUCCAACUCCGCUAUCAUCCAUUCACCACUGUUCCUCCCGUUUUUGUGUGCUUGGGGUUUGCAGUUUGCACAUCAGGUAGGGAAGAUGAUUUUGAGCCACGUCACAAGUUCGCCUUUUCCCGUAUGGAACCCGUUGUGGAUCUGGAAUGCUAUCGGUGUGCUUGAUGCCCAUUUACCCCAUUUACUGGACAGGUUCCCUAUCAUCCAAUCGACCCCAAAGCGGACGGCAUUGUUUAUAUACCUAACGCUCGCGGUGUCUUUUCUGGCGUACGCCCGAUUCUGCGCGCUCGUUAUCAAGGAUAUCACGGAAUACCUCGGCAUCGCGUGCUUCACAGUGCGCAAGAAGGACGCAGAAGGUAUUUGGCGAGACACGAGGGACAUUCAACAGGACGGGUACGUUAAACGAAUGUGA